AUGGAGGAACCGGAAAAAAGGAAGUUGAGGGAGAUAACUCGUGGAAUGCAAACCAAACGAAUCACGUCACGUGAUAAAUCACAUGACCGUAAACAGUUCGAUGUGGAAAUGGCGACGAAGAGGGAUGAGGUGCUUUUAUGCCAGGAGUUUAAACUUUAUCCUAAGCAAAACGUCAUUUAUACUGUGACAGUCACUCGCGCUGGUGUAUGGUAUCAUCCCAGGACAAAUGCCAAUAGCUACUGUGACGCCAAAUGCGUCCAGUUCAGUGACAUAAUUGGCUGUCGGUGUCAAAAGACAGUCGACUCGUCUUCGGCUUUUAUAAAAAUAUUUUCUUAUCCUUUUAAGAAGCCGUUAUUUCGCUCAAAACGUUCGCGACGAAGAAUUGUAGUUAUAUUUGAAGUUAAUUUAUCGAGUGACUUCAGUUCUAACCUACAAGUGGCGGAAACUUGGAGAAAUGUCAUUAACUGUUUAGCAAGAAAUCUACCUGUCAACAAAGAAGAUGUUGGUGUUUUUGCUCCCCCUGCUCCAGGCAAACUGCUGAUGCUUGUGAACCCUUUCAGCGGUCCCGGCAAAGCUCUGCAGAUCUUUCGCAAUGAGAUACAGCCGAUGCUAGAAGAAGCUGAAAUUCCAUUCAAGAUGCAGGUUACAGAAUAUGCUGGUCAUGCCCACAAAAUCGUCCAGAAUCUUAUUCUGAAAGAGUGGUAUGGUAUUGUCAUUGUGUCUGGAGAUGGACUCAUCUACGAGGUAAUAAAUGGCUUGAUGCAGCGACCAGACUGGGAGCAGGCUAUUCGGUUCCCGGUUGGCUGUCUACCAGGAGGCUCCGGGAACGCCCUGUGUUGUUCUAUCAACUACUCUGCUGGUGAACCUGUUGACUUGCACAUUGUUCUACAUUCCACGUUUAUUCUCAUAAAGCACAGAAUAAUCCCCAUGGAUCUGGUCUUCGUCCAGACCCCGUCCAGUCGAAUCUUCUCAUUCCUCUCUGUCACAUGGGGAAUGAUGGCCGACAUAGACUAUGAAAGUGAGAAGUACAGAGCCAUUGGAGAAGCCAGGUUUACUGUGGGGGCCCUGAAGAGGAUUAUGAACUUGCGGACAUAUAAAGGUCGUUUUUCAUUCCUGCCUGUAGCCGAGUACAAACCGAAAGUGAACAACUCAAACCGAUCUAUAGUGUCGAAAAUCCGACGUUUUUCCUGGAGGAGCAGCAGAAGCACUUUAAACUUGACAAAUGUUGACGACCAGUCACACAGUUACCAAGAAUUCCCCAGUGGUUUGAUCAGACAGACAUCAUCGGACCAGGACCUGAUACCUUCCAGAACAAGAGCAGUCAGUGAAAACAGGACACAGGAAAACGGCUUCUUACCGAACCUGAAGGAAGAGUCUCCUCAUCAGAUGAGUCCUGCCAGAUCGGAGCCAAACCUGUCGAAAUCAAAGAGCAGUGGGUCAAAUCAGCUGACACGAAAUGAUCUGGAUGCAAUGCUGGUUGUGGAAAACAGCUUGGCAGGUGAUAACGGUACGGUGGAGGGGAACACAAAUCAGAAUGAAAUCUCAAACGAGGACGACGCUGGUGCUACUGAUGGUAGGUUGGACUCUGUGGUGUGGAAACUAGACAAGAUAACGGCUUCAGCCAGCCGUGAGGACUUUGAGAUUGAAACCGAAACGGCCCUGGCGCCCAAGUCGAGUAUUGGAUCAGUCUCGUGUCCAUUGCUUCCUCCUCUCGACCAGCCUGUGCCUGGAAACUGGGUCACCAUCGAUGACUCUUUUAUUUUCGUUUCCGUGGUGUACCAGACUCACCUGGGUAGCGACAUGCUGGCGGCACCUCACGCCCACCUCAGCGACGGCUUUAUGUAUCUGGUCUUCGCGCGCGAAGGCCUGUCAAAGUCCGCACUGCUGUCUCUGCUGAUGACGUUUGGUGAUGGCGGCCAUAUCGAUUCACCGAAUGUAGAGAUUGUGAAAGCUCUUGCCUUCAGAAUAGAACCGAUCACCGAAGAAGGGAAUAUGAUGGUUGACGGAGAGAAAGUCGAAUGUGGACCGAUACAGGGCCAGAUUCUUCCUCAUCUCAGUCGAAUCAUGGCUAUGCAAUAAAGUCCGUGAUAAUUGUGAUUUUUAAUUAAAGCAGCAGUCCUUAAUGGAAAAAAUGUAGCGGGUUUUCUCCGAGGAUUAUGGGUCAAGAUUAUCAUAUGUUUGACAUGCAAACUUUUAGUUAAAAGUAUUAAUAUGACUAAUAAAUCAAUGAGGUCUAGUAGUGUCGUUAAACAAAAGAAGCAUUUAACUACUCAGUUCUAUAUUGUUUUAGCAAUGCAAUAUAAAAAUAUCAAUUGCUUAAGUAUUAUUAUCAUUAAAACAAAAUGGCUAAAACAUUAUUUGUAAUUGCUGUAGACCAUAUAAUUAGGUAAUAAUGAAAAAAGAUGGGUGGUUUUUUGCAAGCAGUCUGUCAAUAAAAUGAAAAAGGCAACUUCAGAAUUAUAUUUUGCAAUUUUACUUUUUGCAUUUUGCAAUACAUGGGAACUUGGUGGUUACAUUCCAUGAUAUUGCCCUUCUUGUCUGUUUGAAUAAAACUGUAAAUAAGAUCACAAGAAAAUCAAAGAAUAGCAUAUUGUAUGGGGAAAACCAGAAAUGUUUAUCAUGUUCUGAAUGCUUAAAUAUAAAAAAUAAUAGAGACUGCUGCUUUAAAGUAUAUUUUGAAACAAAAGGAAUACCUGUCAAAUAUAACAUCGAAAAAGGAAUGGUUUGAUCUCGUGAUGUUUUGGUAUCCUUUUAAUCUCAAAACUUGUUUUACAUGCCUCUAUCCAUUGAAGGUUCAGGCAUGUCUCCCUCGAGUCCGACCCCUGGCAUGGCCAGAGGUCUGAUCCUGGGGAGGUACCCGUUAGCUGAUCACUGUGAUUAUAAUUUUAUUAAGUAAAUAUGCAAUAGAAUCAUUCUUGGUUCGCACAUCGGUAGCACAUCAAGAUGACAUUUAAUUCACCAUGCAGUUCAUGCUUUGUGUGUACCACUUGUGUUUUGUGUGUUGAAGUGACCCUGUUGCAACAGAGGCAUCUGCAGAUCACUGACUCCCUGCUGACUUAAAAACGGCCACAGUGACUGUAAUUUAAAAAACCCAACAAACCAGAAUGGACUAAAAUGGACUACUGACAUAUGAGAAAAAUGUAUUGAUCUUGUGCUAAAUGAGUAUGAACUUGAGGAUGAACCAUGAGUUGAAAAUGGGCAGAAUUUUGAAAAGAGCAAUUAGUAAAAAAAUGUCUGAAUGCAUUUUCAUUUUACAUGCUUGAAUAACAUCAGCCUCAGUGGCGUCGUGGUUAAGCUGGUAGAUACUGGGUUCGCAGCCUGAUAUCGGCUCCCACCCAGAGCGAGUUUUAAUGACUCAGUGGAUAGAUGUAAGA